AUGGAAACCUGUUCCUUUCCUUGUCUGAAUGGUGGUGAAUGUGUACACCCAGACUCAUGCAACUGCAGCCAAUAUCAAGCCACAGGAGAUCGGUGCCAAACAGUUCCCAAUGUAGGUUACGAAAGAGACAUGAUCUGUCGGACGUGGGGACAAUAUAACUAUGAAACAUUUGAUGGACUUUAUUAUUACUUCCCUGGAAAGUGCACGUAUACUCUUGUUAGAGAGUGUGGUGAGGAGACCGAGCCUAGCUUUGUGAUACAGGUUCAUAACGAUCCCGAAUGUCAUUCCUCAGCGUAUUCCUGCAGUCGCUCUGUGAGCUUGUUUUUUCCUGUGGAAGCAGAACUCAGAUUAAACCGGUAUAAUGUUACCUAUAAUGGACAAAGUAUUCAGCUCCCACAUGUUGCCCAUGAUGUGGAAGUGGAAAGAAUUUCCCAAUAUACUUUGGUUACCCUACAACAUGGAUUCACUCUGGCCUGGGAUGGAAGCACUUCCUCAGUUUAUAUCAAAAUGAGCCCAGAGUACAUAGGGAGAACCUGUGGACUGUGUGGCAACUUUAAUGCUGAUGUACGCGACGACCUAAAAACCAGCUAUGAUUUAUUCACUCAUGAUACAGCGAUCUUUGGAAACAGCUGGAUGGAAAUGGUUCCACAUGAGCAUUCUUGUCCCAGUGUGCCAGCAGACUACGCAUGCCCGUGUUUGACUCAAAACUAUGAAACCCGCCAGAAAGUACAGGAGAUGUGUAUCCUGCUGCUUGAAACUCCAUUUAAAGAGUGCCACGAUUUAGUGAGCCCCUUUCCUUUUAUGGCCAGUUGUUCAAAUGAUCUCUGCAUAGCUGGGCCUGAUAAUCAGGUGCUGUGUCAAGCGUUGACAGAGUAUGCAAGAGCCUGUGCCCAUGCUGAACAUCCUCUGCAUGACUGGAGGGCAGUGAUUCCGAUGUGUGCAGUGGAAUGUGAUGAUGAGUUUACAUACAGGGAGUGCAUCACCUGCUGCCCUGUCUCUUGUAACAUUGGUAAAAUGUGCAUCGAUAGUAAACUUCAGUGCCUGGAUGGAUGCUACUGUCCGGAAGAUUUGAUUUAUGACAAUGGAAGCUGUGUAAAGGCCUCACAGUGCCCUUGUGAAUACCAUGGAAUGCUCUACUCUCCUGGGCAGGAGGUUCAGGACGAAUGCAACAGCUGUACUUGUAUGGGUGGAUCCUGGAACUGCACGGAAUAUAGCUGUCCAGGAGAAUGCUCUGUUACGGGAGACAUUCACUUUGAGACAUUCGAUGGACGUGUGUACACAUUCCAAGCUACCUGCCAGUACAUCCUGGCAAAAAGCCGCAGCACUGGGAAGUUUACCAUCUCACUACAAAAUGCACCAUGCGGAGCGAACCUGGAUGGAGCCUGUAUCCAGUCAGUAAACAUCAUUGUAGAUGAAGAUCCAAUGAAACAGAUCACAGUGACUAAUAUGGGAGAGGUAUAUGUGUCCAACCUGUACCGAAUCACCCCACCUUAUUCAGAUGCUGUAUUUCAGGUCCAUGAACUCUCAUCUAUGUUUUUGCAAGUUAAAACUGAAGAUGGAUUGAAUUUGCAGUACAACUGGAAAGAGUUAAGACUGUACCUGCAGGUAGAUGAAAGUUGGAAGGAAGACACUAUAGGACUCUGUGGAACCUUCAAUGGAAACAUUCAAGAUGAUUUUCUAUCCCCAGCAGGAAUGAUUGAAAGCACGCCUCAGCUGUUUGGUAAUUCUUGGAAGCUGUCCUCCGCCUGUGUUCCAGGCCACAACAUUCCACAGCUUGACCCAUGUGACAUACACCAGCAGGCAGCAUCCUACGCUUCUGAAAUGUGUGAGAUCCUAAAUAAAGAACUGUUUGCCCCGUGCCACGAGUACCUGAGUCCUGCACCCUUCUACCAGCAGUGUAAAUCAGACACCUGUAAAUGUGGGGAGACCUGUCUGUGUGGAGCUCUGGCUCAUUACGCCCGACAGUGCAGAAAACAUAGAGUCAUUAUAAAUUUCAGAGCUCACAUAUCAGAGUGUGCUGCUCAGUGCCAGGAAACAAUGGAAUAUGGUACCUGCAUCUCGUCCUGCAAUAGAAACUGCCGCUCCCUGUCCUUGUCCGAGGCCUGCGGUGAGGAGUGUGUUGAAGGCUGUGUGUGCCCUGGUGGCACUUACUACAACAGCAAAUCCCAGAAGUGUGUGCAAAAAAAUGAGUGCUCUUGUAAUUUCCUGGGAGUGGAAUACACACCAGGGGAUAUAAUCAUGAUGUCUUCUGGAGCCCAAAUUUGUAAAGAUGGUCAAAUGAUGUACCAGGGUCCCAGUCUUGACACAAAAUGCCCCCCUGGCCAGUUCUAUUUCAAGUGCAGUGAUUCUUUAAACAGUUCUACAGUGAGUAAAGGAGUAACCUGUGAAAGGACAUGCGAGAGCCAUCUUCUGAACCUCACCUGCUCAGGACAGGGUCACUGUGUUUCUGGAUGCAUUUGUCCACCUGGGCUUUUGAAACAUGGUGAUGAAUGCUUUGAACCUGUUGCGUGUCCAUGUUUGUGGAAAGGAAAAGAAUAUUAUCCUGGGGACAAAGUAACUUCUCCAUGUCAUAACUGUGUUUGCCAGCAUGGAUCAUUUCAAUGCAUCUUCCAUCCAUGCCCAUCAAUGUGCACAGCUUACGGAGAUCGCCACUACAGGACUUUUGAUGGACUCCUAUUUGAUUACAUUGGAGCCUGCAAGGUCUAUUUAGUAAAGAGUAAUAUCGACUUAACUAUGAGCGUCGCUGCAGAAAAUGUGGAUUGCUAUGAAAGUGGAGUCAUCUGUAGGAAAUCAUUAUUAAUCAACAUCGGGAGGUCGUUCAUCAUGUUUGACGAUGACAGUGGAAAACCAAACCCCUCAAGUCUGAUAGAUAAGAGGCAACCUGUAUUUAUAUGGCAAGCAGGUUAUUACACCAUUGCCCAUAUCCCUACCGAAGAUGUCACUGUGCUUUGGGACAGAAAAACAACCAUACAUAUCCAGGUUGGACCUCGUUGGCAGGGUAAACUGACUGGACUCUGUGGGAAUUUUGACCUGAAGACAGUAAGUGAAAUGAGAACUCCUGAAAACAUUGAAUCUGCAACACCGCAGGAGUUUGGGAACAGCUGGACAGCUGCAGAGUGUGUGAACAGCCCUGAUAUCCGCAACCCUUGCAGCAUGAACCCUCUGAGGGAGCCAUUUGCCAAGAGGGAGUGCGGGAUCCUGCUGGGUGAAGUUUUUCAAGCCUGCCAUCCAGUGGUUGAUGUCACCUGGUUUUAUAUGAACUGCCUCACUGACACCUGUGGCUGUAAUCGUGGGGGGGACUGCGAAUGUUUCUGCACCAGCGUCUCGGCCUACGCACAUCGCUGCUGUCAACAAGGAAUAGCUGUCGACUGGCGCUCACCCACUGUCUGCCCAUAUGACUGUGAAUUUUACAACAAAGUUCUGGGAAAAGGCCCUUUCAAAUUAGUCACUUGCUUGGAGAGUGAAACAGUCUUGGCAGCCAAUUUCUCUGGCGGUGCUGCUUUCCCAGUACAGGGAGCCGUCUCCAUUCCAGGAGUGGCCAUGCUCUUUAUGCUGACCCCAGGAUUGUCCAGGUCCAAACCACACGAUGCAACCCUAGUUUCAUUAGAGGCUGCAGAAAGGCCAAAUUAUUUCCUGCAUUUGGGACCCAGUGGAUAUCUCCGUAUGAGCAAGUGGGAAGAGAGUGAGCGAUUUCAAGAGGAGUCUACGUUUAUUAUUCAUAAGGACACUUGGCUUGCAGGCUACGAUUCCUUUGAAUCCUACAUGAAGCCUGGGUUCUUUGUUCACUAUAUGUUGUCUUCCAUUCACCUAAUGAAAUAUAACCACUCUGGAGGCUUCAGGCAGGCAACCCUUUUUAAACUUGAAGGUCAUGUCUCUGAAUUCCCAUCCCAUUCAACCUGUCAGUGGAGAUAUGAUGCCUGUGUGAGUGCGUGCUACAGAAGUUGUAGCGACCCCGCAGGAGAGGCCUGUAACACAAUACCAAAAGUGGAAGGAUGUAUGCCACAAUGCCCACACAACAUGGUGCUGGAUGAAGUAACCCAAAAAUGUGUCUAUCUUGAGGACUGCAUUAAGCCAGCAGUUGCUGUUGAGCCAAGUACUCCCCAAAGUGCAGUAUCAACACCUGGAGCUGUCACUUCACCCUCUGUUAAUGCUACCGUUUCACUGGGUUCAACCCUGCCCACCACUGCACCCACUGCUGCAGCAGGAACCACAACAGAAACUCAACGCCCCUCCCCAACACCCACUUCAUCACCACAAGCCUCUUCCGUGACGACCAUCUCACCCAAACCUUUAGGUACUACCAUUCAGACCACGCCAGGUAAUGAUACAACAGAAUCACUUUUUACGACUGUCACAACACGGGAACCUAAUGUCACCAAACCCGAAGGAGCGGUUACUUUUUCACCGACAGCAUCCAGCUUGACGUUGGUUACUGAGUCAAUAACGACAACUGCAAAAACAUCUGCGACUUCAGCUAGCAUCCCGAUUAGCACAAGUGAGCGUCAGACUACACCAACUUCUCCAUACACCACAGGAACAACCACAGAAAGCACAAAAACCUCUUCUGCAGCUGGGGCAUUUUUGCAGACCACGACUACUAAACCAUCAGAAACCUCCAAAGUGACAACUAUUUCUGUAGUUUCAGAAACGGAGUUGCUUCCUACAGUGGACUGGACAUCAAGUGCCAUAGAAUCGCCAUCCAAAGCUACGACAGUAUUGACAAGCACAUCCCCCCGACCUCUCAAGGAGACAGAAAAGACAACAGCGUCUACAGCUGAAGUGACUGGUUUACCUGCUUAUACAAGCACCAGUACAGGGACAACAAAACAACCACGGACUUCAAGAGAUACAGAAACAUCUUCUGCAACAGUAGCCCCUACAACAGUGUAUAUAGAUACCAGUACAAAGGUGGUGGAUAAAACUGUUUCUCCACUGACUACUAAACCCCUGACUUCUGAAAGUACAGUAUACUCUUCUCCAUUUAAAACUGUAAAAACAUCAGCGUAUAUCACACCAGACACCAAAUCUCUUACUACUGAAACAAUAACUUCAACAAGUACUGUUUAUUUCCCUUCAGUUGAGACUGGAAAAACAACACUUAGAACUGUAGAAACUACACCUCAACUUUCUACUGACCUGACAACUUCAAAAAGCCCUGGUUAUUCUCCUCCUGUUGAGACUGGAAAAACAACACUUACAGAAACUACACCUCAACUAACCACUUCAAAAAUCCUUGGUUAUUCCCCUCUAAUUGAAACUGGAAAAACAACACUUACAGAAACUACACCUCAACUCCCUACUGAACUGACAACUUCAAAAAGCCCUGGAUAUUCCCUUCCAAUUGAAACUGGAAAAACAACACUUAGAACUGUAGAAACUACACCUCAACUAACCACUUCAAAAAGCCUUGGUUAUUCCCCUCCAAUUGAAACUGGAAAAACAACACUUAGCACUGUAGAAACUACACCUCAACUAAUCACUUCAAAAAGCCCUGGUUAUUCCCCUCUAAUUGAAACUGGAAAAACAACACCUACAGAAACUACACGUCAACUUCCUACUGAACUAACAACUUCAAAAAGCCCUGGUUAUUCCCCUCAAGUUGAUACUGGAAAAACAACACUUAAAGAAACUACACCUCAACUGACAACUUCAAAAAGCCCUGGAUAUUCCCCUCUAAUUGAAACUGGAAAAACAACACCUACAGAAACUACACAUCAACUUCCUACUGAACUAACAACUUCAAAAAGUCCUGGUUAUUCUCCUCUUGUUGAGACUGGAAAAACAACACUUACAACUGUAGAGACUAAACCUCAACUAACCACUUCAAAAAGCCCUGGUUAUUCCCCUCCAAUUGAGACUGGAAAAACAACACUUACAGAAACUACAUCUCAACUAACAACUUCAAAAAGUCCUGGAUAUUCCCCUCCAAUUAAAACUGGAAAAACAACACUUAGAACUGUAGAAACUACACCUAAACUAACCACUUCAAAAAGCCCUAGUUAUUCCCCUCUAAUUGAAACUGGAAAAACAACACCUACAGAAACUACACGUCAACUUCCUACUGAACUAACAACUUCAAAAAGUCCUGGUUAUUCUCCUCUUGUUGAGACUGGAAAAACAACACUUACAGAAACUACAUCUCAACUGACAACUUCAAAAAGCCCUGGAUAUUCCCCUCUAAUUGAAACUGGAAAAACAACACCUACAGAAACUACACAUCAACUUCCUACUGAACUAACAACUUCAAAAAGUCCUGAUUAUUCUCCUCUUGUUGAGACUGGAAAAACAACACUUACAACUGUAGAAACUAAACCUGAACUAACCACUUCAAAAAGCCCUGGUUAUUCCCCUCCAGUUGAGACUGGAAAAACAACACUUACAGAAACUACAUCUCAAGUAACAACUUCAAAAAGCCCUGGAUAUUCCCCUCUAAUUGAAACUGGAAAAACAACACCUACAGAAACUACACAUCAACUUCCUACUGAACUAACAACUUCAAAAAGUCCUGAUUAUUCUCCUCUUGUUGAGACUGGAAAAACAACACUUACAACUGUAGAAACUAAACCUGAACUAACCACUUCAAAAAGCCCUGGUUAUUCCCCUCCAGUUGAGACUGGAAAAACAACACUUACAGAAACUACAUCUCAACUAACAACUUCAAAAAGUCCUGGAUAUUCCCCUCCAAUUAAAACUGGAAAAACAACACUUAGAACUGUAGAAACUACACCUCAACUAACCACUUCAAAAAGCCCUAGUUAUUCCCCUCUAAUUGAAACUGGAAAAACAACACCUACAGAAACUACACGUCAACUUCCUACUGAACUAACAACUUCAAAAAGUCCUGCAUAUAUCUCUCCCUUUGAAACUUUAAAAACAACAGCACAAGAAUUUAAGACACCACUAACUACUAAACCAGUAACUUCAGAAAGUACAAUAUAUGUAUCUCCAUUUGAAAUGGAAGAAACAACAGCACUUACUACACAGCUAACUAUAUCUGAAUCUUCAGCUGCUUCUACAGUGUCUGCAGGACCAACAGUGUCAUUAGGAACAACUGCAUACCCCUCAGCAUACACGCAGACUACUAUAGGACUUAUGACUGAGAAAACCACUUCAUCAUUCCCUACUAAACUUACAACCACAACAAAAACGACUGCAUAUCCAAUAGAAAGGGUGAAAACAACCCCUGCUUCAGCUGUACCUUUAGCUUCCACAGAGAAGGGCCGAAUCACACCAGAGGUACCUCCAACAACAAUUGCUUCAACUGAGACAUCAUCAUCUGCUCAUCAAGUAGGUUUGGAAACCACCAAAACCACCACUUCUGCAUCAUCUAAAGAGACUACAACAGAAACAGUUGCAUCAAUGUCUGCUGAAUUGACAAAAACAACCCUAACCACGUUGCACACAGUGGAUAAAGUAGACACAAAUAUCACAACAUUAGGGACCACCACAGUGUAUCCAUUCCUAACUGAACUCUCUAAAACUACCUCAGAACCUACUAAAUCUGAGACAACAGUACCAUUAACACUGUAUUCAAUGGCUUCUGAGAAGGUCUGGACAACAAUAACCCCCAUUACAACUAGUGCUGUAUCAAAAUCAAUAACAAGCUCCACCACCCAAACAUAUCCAAGCUCAACAGAACAUACUGCAGAGACGACAACGACAGGUUAUAUGUUCUCCACAACGCUUGUUAUGCACCCGAGUACCACACCUCCACUAAGCUCUGAAGAGUUAGUUUCCACCGUGGCUACUGUACCAUCAUUACCACAGUUAACCACCUCCAAGACAACAUCUCUCUACCAAACUCUCCCAGGUGGAACUUCAUUAACAACAGGAUAUAGAAAAGAAAAGACAAGUACAGCUGAGCAGUCAGCCAAGCCAGUCACUCAAUUUUCAGAUACAACUGCAGAAACAGUGCAAAGCAGCUCUACAACUAACCUCACUUCCUCAACAACUUUAAUAGAAUCAUCUACCACCAGUUUGCAGACUGUUACUUCACAAUCCAAACCAACAACUACAGCAACCACCAGAUCUGUAUUUUCUACCAUAAAAAGUACAGCUGAGACAACCCCAGGUAGAGAAAGUAAACAUACUCCUUUUUCAUCUGGUACAACUAAGACAGAAGCACCAGUAUUACAAUCCACAACUGCACAGCUGCUUGGUUCAACUCUAUCUACAAGUAAAGUGACAACUUCAUCAGAAACUCAGCCUGUUCAGACAACUGAAACUUCUACACUGUCAGCUCUAACCACUUCUCAACUGAAAACCGAGGUAACAAAUGCUACAGCAGCCACAGGAAAGGAAGGAGCAUCUACUCUUCCUCCAAAAAAAGAGGUGUCGACCACAUUGUUAAGCACAUCGCAUGCACCAACACCAGUUGUAACUUUGAGAACAACGGGUACUUCACAGGUGACACCUGAAACAGCGGGCACUGUUACAACCACACCUCCAACACCAAAACCCACUUUGGCUACAACAUCUCAUACGACCACACUGUUCACUUCAUCUACAGAAACACCAAAAGAAAAAUGGACAACUAUAGGCAAAAUCCCCACUGAAGAGGUAACUGUAUCAAGAACAAUAGUACCUCUUUCUACUGCUACCACUUUACUAAUCUACUCUCCAGUCACACCAAGUGCUAUCACAACUGCAGCUACCACUGCAUCCAUACGGACAGAAAAGCAGACAACCCAAGCAGUCACUCCAUCCAAACCAGUCAUGACAGAGAGCGUGACUGCCGUGCUUAAUGUCACAGUACCAGCUACAACUGGUAAAGAAACAACAACAUCCAUUACAACGGCAGCCCAAACCUCCACUGCGUCCUCAUAUAAAACAACUCAACCAGAAACCAGUACUGGUCAAACAACAAAACAGCCGGCUUCUACACUAGAAUCAACUGCUGCAACUACUCAGGUUACUCCAAAUGCUACCACAGCUGCAGAGAGUCUGAGGACAACUUCUUCUGAAUACUGGUUAACAACAUCUAAAGAAGCUGUUAGCAAUAUGACUGUAUCUGUUCUUAGUACUGUUUCACCAACUUCAUCUCCACCAGCAACAACAGCUGAAACACAGAGUUCUUCUGUAUCAGGGUCAUCAGUAUUCACCUCCACCUCCACCUCCUAUACAAAUGCAACAGAGUACUGGUCCACUCAGACAACAGCACCCCUACUCAGCAGCAAUGAAACUUUGACACCGUUAUCACCUCAAUCAACAACUGAUCAUACAACAACGACUUUAGUUACAUCAACCAAGAUGUGCACUCCUCAAUAUUCUGAGAUUAUUGAUGAAUGCACAAAAUAUGUCUGCAUGAACGGACAACUGAUGCUGUUCAAUAAAUCCCAGAAUUGUCCCUACAAUGCAACGCCUCCUAAUUGUGGUCUCCUGGGAUUUGCUAUACUGGUGAACGGUGACAAGUGCUGUCCACAGUGGGAUUGCCCCUGUCGCUGCUCUGUGUUUCCAGAUUUAAACAUUAUCACCUUUGACGGUAAUAGUGUGGCCAUUUAUAAAGCAGCUUCUUAUAUUGUAACUCAGCUGCCAAACGAAACUGUAAGCAUUCAAGUUCAAGAGUGCCAAAGCUCAGACACGCUUCUAUGGAAUUUCACUAACCUAUGCCUGGUAGCUCUCAAUAUAACGCACAAAGCACAUCAAGUACUGAUCGAUCGUCUACAGAGAAGAUUGUACGUGAACUCAAGGUAUGCGCGGCCACGCUUUAGGAAAAAUGGAUUUGAAAUCUUGGACACUGGUAACAUGUAUUUAAUUAAGACCCCUGCUGGACUCAAGAUCCAGUGGUUUCACAGCACUGGAAUGAUGGUCAUUGAGACAGACAGUCCCAGCCACAAGCUCACCACAAUGGGAUUGUGCGGUUGCUGUGAUGGAGACCCAGCUAAUGACCUCACACUGUUCAAUGGGACAACUGUGAGCGAAAGUGAGGACCCAACAGUAUUUAUUGACAGCUGGCAAGUGCCAAACACAACAGGCUUCAUGGGACAGAACCGCCGCCGGGAAGUGAACUGCUCCACCAGCGACUGCUCUGAAUGCUUAAGCAUGCUCAGCAACCAGACCUUCAGCAGCUGCCAUGCUUUUGUCCCACCCAAAAUGUUUUGUGAAGUGUGGGUUCGGGAUGCAGAGUAUGUGAAGAGCCCCUGCACAGCACUGGCUGCGUAUGUGGCUGCCUGUCACAAAUUCAGUAUCUGCAUAGAAUGGAGGAGUCCUGACUAUUGCUCGUUCACGUGCCCUCCAGAGUUAAGAUACCAGGCCUGUUUGCCAGCAUGCAAUGCCAAGACUUGCCCAAACCACGAGUUUGAUUCGGAUCCAGAGGAAUGCUCGGGACUAACUGAGGGCUGUGUUUGUCCAGAGGGAACACUCCUCCAUCGCCCAUACUCUGCUCUCUGUAUUCCCAGUGAGAAGUGUGCUUGUACGGACAGCUUUGGGACUCCUCACGCGUCAGGAGAGGUCUGGAAGGCCUCAAAGGAUGGCUGCUGCAUGUACAAAUGUGACAAUGACUCCAUCAUCCCAGUGGAGCAUAACUGCACCAAGGUCCCGGAGCCAAUCUGCAGCAAGGCUGGAGAAGUGACUGUUAGUCUGGCGGAUGACAAAAGCUGCUGUCCCCAGAAAGCUUGUGUUUGCAAUCAGACGCUAUGUGACCAGUAUGCUCCAGAGUGUAAAUAUGGUGAAAAACUGGUUUCCUACUACAGAGAUUACUCCUGUUGUCCAGAUUAUAUAUGUGAGUGUGACCCAGACAGGUGUGAGUCUGACAUUCCAACAUGCAGAGAUGACCAGACCUUGAUUGCUACUCGGACUGAGGGGAGCUGCUGCAUGGCUUACAUCUGCAUGUGUGAGUCCUGCUCAGACAGUAUUCCUACCUGCCAGGAGGGAGAGGUCUUCACAGUUGAUGCAAACAGCACAGACAGGUGCUGCCCCCCUUACCACUGUGUUUGUGAAACAUAUCGCUGUAGGGAGCACACAUGUCCUUUGGGAAUGUCUGUGGUGACAGUAUGGAGUCCUGAUCUAUGUUGCCCAUUGAACACAUGCGAAUGUGCCUGUGACACAAUCCCUAAACCACAAUGUAAACUGGGAGAAAUGCCUCAAAUUGACAAUGAGUUCCUCACAGACCCUGAAAACCAAUGUGGCUGCUUCAAGUACAAGUGUGUGAAAGAGCAGGUGUGUGUGGAUGGGGAGCGGGGAGUCAUGUGGCCAGGGCAGACACUUGUUGAGCACACUGCUGAGGGUAUCUGCUAUACGACACAAUGCACCUCCUAUACUGAUCCAAUAACCAGCUUCUACAAGAUCCAAGUCAGCAGCACUAACUGCACAGCUCAGUGCGAACCAAACCAAGUUUACAAACCUCCUGACGACCUAACGACAUGCUGUGGAGUUUGCAGAAAUACAUCAUGCAUUUACCAAAUGGAUAACAGAAGCAUUGCUCUGUAUAAGCCUGGUACGACAUGGAUGUCCAACUGCAAGACGUAUGAGUGCACAGAUACAAUGUCAGGACCCACCCUCAUCAGCUAUUCUAUUAGUUGCCCACCAUUUAAUGAAACAGAGUGCUUGAAGAUUGGUGGAACAGUUGUAAGCUAUAUGGACGGCUGCUGUAAAACCUGUAAAGAAGAUGGGAAGACUUGCCAGAAGGUGACAGUCCGAAUGACUAUCCGGAAAAAUGACUGUAGGAGUAACAGACCUGUUAAUAUAGUCUCUUGUGAUGGAAAAUGCCCCUCCGCCAGCAUAUAUAACUACAACAUUAACACCUAUGCCAGAUUUUGCAAGUGUUGCAGAGAAAUUGGGCUGCAAAGACGCUCUGUCCAACUUUACUGUAGUGGAAACUCUACCUGGGUCUACUACCCUAUUCAGGAGCCGACAGACUGUUCAUGUCAGUGGUCCUAGUAACAGGCUAACAGAUUAUCCAACAACAGGCACUGCAAUACUCCACAGACCUCAAGUGGCUUCCAGUCAUGGAGGAUCGGGAGGGAGGGAGAGAAUUCACACACUACAAAAAGAGCAAUAAGUGUGCAUUUCAAAUAGAUUUCCCACAAUUUACAGGAAAAAAAAAACCCAUCUAGGGCUGGGUCAGUAUUUUGAUUAUUGACUAACUAGAGAAGUAUGUUUUAAAAGAAAAAAAAAUGUGAAAAAGCUAUUUUGAAAUAUUAUUUGUAUAUUCAAAUAUCGCUCCUAAUUAGAAAUGUAGCCCUGGGCACCAUCCAUGCAACAGCCAUUCUAAAGAGUUAUGAUUCAACUUUCUUUACAGAUGAGGGAAAAAAAACAAAAAAAACAGUGGUGUUUACAAGUACAAACUACAGCUUUAAGCAGUUUGGAGUUUUGCAAAGAAGUCCAGAAAACUAGCAACACAUUGCAGGCAGUCACCUACACUAAUCACAAGAGAGUGUGUGUGCACAGACUCUAGUAAAGUUAGAAGGGGGGGAUGGUAUCACACCCUGCUUUUUUUCAUACCGCUAUUAAAAUAGAUAUGCAAAGUAAGCUUGUAAGUGUUGGGACUUUAGUCUUCCCAGAAUGGUCACACAAAACACAAUUGGAAUCAACAAUGAUAGCACAUGAGGCAAUUACACACUGUAAAUGCUAACAUGAAGGCACUUUUAAAGAUAUUUGUUUUAAUUAUAUAGUUUUACACAUACAGAACUUGAUCAAAUGAAAAUACUGACUUCAGCCAACACUAGAUUUGCCAAAUUGCCUUUAAAGUUCUUAGAUGCCACAGUACAGUCCUAUUAGGCUAGACAAAGGUAUGUACAAUUGUAAGUAUGCAGUAAGAUGUAAUCCUGUAGUAUUUAUUUUCACAUUCAUCAAACAGCUUCUGGGCCUACUUUAUUGACUGAAUUAAACCAAGUCAAUAUGUUGUGUGUUAUAUUUUGUAUUUAAAUGAGUUCCCUUCUAUUGCUUCUGUCAAACAGUAUUUUUUUUUCAUUAUUCAACUUUUCAGUGUUUUCCUGUAGCAAUAAAACAUUUACCCAUGUUAGUCAAUUGAAACCCAUUGUG